CAUGACCGUACUUCACACCUCCAGUUUCACUUCUCAACAGCUGCUUUUAGAAUAAGUCUUCUUUUAAUGCUAGUCUUCUGGCUUUUUCUAGAAUUGGUCUGAAAGACAAGAGAUCUUGUUUCUAUUUGUCCAUGGAGUUCCCAUUUUUUCAUGGAAAGAUAUCAAGAAAAGCAUGUGAAGAACUGCUGUGCAAGAAAGGACAGAAUGGUAGUUAUUUAAUACGAGAGAGUGAAAGUGUGGCUGGAGCCUUGUGUCUGUGUGUUUUCUUCGAAAAAGUCAUCUACACUUAUCGGAUCUUCAGGGAAUAUGAAGGAAAUUAUAAAAUACAGACUUCUGAAGGCGUUCCAGAAAAGGUCUUCAGAACGCUGAAGGAUUUAAUAUAUAACUAUGAAAAGCCAAACCAAGGGCUAGUCACAAAGCUUCGCUACCCAGUCAAGAAAACAAGCUCCUCACGAAGAAGCCAGAAGCUCAAGUUAGGAAAUGAUGACAUUUAUGAUGAAAUUGAUGAAAGUGAUUAUGUUGAUGUCUUACCUUGAAUGAUCUGCAACCUGAUGAAUUGGAAAGACUCCAUCUUAGGCUGUGCCACAGCACAUCAACUGGAGAGAGUUAACAGUUGGACAUUCAAAGCUAUGUAUCUGUACCUCUGGAAUUAGUGCUUUUUGUAGAUUAACAGAGCAACUGCAUUUUGCCCCAGUAGAUCCAGCUCAAAGUACUAUGUAUUUUUUGUGCAUCAUUAAAAGAAUUAGUUUUCCUGACAUGUGGAUAAUUAUAUGGGGGAAAGGGUGUGCGUACUUAUUUGCUUGUGUAUUUGUUGUUGUUUUUUUUUUAGCAAACUUUCCAAGAUGCCUAUUGCUGAAACAUACAAUCUGUUGUUUUAUAAAUCAUAUAUGUAAAGACAACUGUGAAGUAGAUGGGGCGAGGCUCUCUUCAGUGGUGUCUAGCAACAGGACAAGGGACAAUGGGCAGAAACUGGAACAUGGAAAGUUCCAUAUGAACAUGAGGGAGAUCUUUUAUACUUUGAGGGUGACAGAGAACUGGCACACGCCGCCCAGAGAGGCAGGUUUCUUCUCAGGAGAUAUUCAAGACUUGUCCGGAUGCUUUCUUGUGCAACCAGCUGUAGAGAAGUGCUUUAGCUGGGGUUUGGACUCAUGGGUGUCCAACCUUUUGGAGUGCCUGGGCCACAGUGAGUGAAGAGGAAUUGUCUUGGGAAGCAUGUAA